AUGACCGACCCGUCCCCAAAGAUAGUGGACAGGACGGCCGCUAUUGGCGAAUUGGUUGAGCUGCUCAAAGACGUUCCAAACAAUCCUCCAUCCAUUUACGUCGACCUAGAAGGUGUAAACCUUUGUCGUCACGGCUCAAUCUCAAUAAUGCAAAUCUUUUCGCUCCCCCAGAACGAAGUGUACCUCAUCGACGUCCACACUCUGGGCCAGGAAGCCUUUUUGCACCCCUCUACGAGCGGUCACACCCUGAAAGGCAUACUGGAAGACGAAAGAAUCCAUAAGGCUUUUUUCGAUGUUCGAAACGAUUCUGACGCUUUAUAUGCCCACUUCGGCGUUCACCUCGCGGGCAUCCAGGAUCUCCAGCUCUUUGAGCUCGCCACUCGGAGUGGGUCAAGAAGAUUCAUAAACGGUCUUUCCCGGUGCAUUCAACAUGACGCAGGCUUGACGUUGUUUGAAGCCAGAAUGUGGAAGGACAUUAAAGAAGAUGGACGACAGCUGUUCGCGCCUGAGCGCGGGGGCUCUUACGAGGUGUUCAAUUCCCGGCCCUUGUCGGAGACUAUUAUCAAGUACUGUGCUCAAGAUGUUCGGAUUCUACCGAAAUUGUGGGCGGUCUACAAUGGUAGGUUGGGAUGGAGGGGUAGAGAGAAGAUCGAGGUCGCCACGCGCGAUAGGAUCAACGUUUGCUUCCAGGCUGGGUAUACGGGCGUUGGGAGGCAUAUGGCUCAGUCACCUUCAGGCUUGGCGUAA